AUUAAUAUGCUUACGUCGCACCACUUAAAUGAGGCAGACAAACUUUUCUUCAAUGGCAAGCUCUUUUUGUCUUGCACGUGAGGGGAGACAGAACAGAAGAUGGGUUUGGAGAAAUCUAUUUUUGGCAGCAAAUGGCAACGUUGUGGACAAGAGCUGCAGCACCUACGGCACUGCCGGAACCGGUGGCUCUGGUGAUUUAAACAACUACAAUAAAGAGGUUAACAACCCAAAUCUCAGAUUCACUUCGUACUCCGAUGACGCCAAAGGCCGGGGUCGGGAGUUGUCCACUUACACGGAAAACACCAACACUGCAAACAGCCAGAAAUUUAUCAGUUACGGAAAAACAGAAAUGGGGAAUGAAUACAAAAAUUACGGCAUGGGAUCCAAUGUGGUUGGGUCUAAUGUGGCCAUGUGGGUGACGGUUCUUUCCAAGCCUACUCCAAGAAUUCAAAUUCUACCAACGUUAAUUAAAUUCAACAACUAUGAAGAAUCUUUCAACAAUGGUUCACGAAGUGGGACCUAUUGACAACACAGAUUGAGAAGAUGAGGAACCCCACGAGAAGGAAGAUUGAGAUGUUCUAGACAUGGUACUUGUUUUUCAUUAAGUGUUAGCGUUGAAUCUCGCAGAUGGGAACUGCGGACAUAAAGAGUUGAUUUGAGU